AUGUACUUUGAAUAUGAAAAUUUAACAAUAUUAAAACUAGCUAAUUUCCUACUGUCAAAAAAACAAUGUCCUAUACUGAGAACAGAGGGACGCCAGUUUACACAAGACAACAGAGAUAAACCUGAAGUUUCAGGUUUUGACCUAGCAGAGCGAUUUUCUCUGAGACAUGUGUUUUGUGAAGGUGAUAAAACUUGUUUCAAAUUGGGAAGUUCACUUCUUAUUAGAGACACCAUUAAGAUAUUUCCCAAAGGCCUUCCUGAGGAGUUCGCCAUAGCUGCCAUGUUUCGGGUGCGAAGGAACGCAAAGAAGGAACGGUGGUUCCUGUGGCAGGUUUUAAACCAGCGUAACAUGCCACAGGUUUCUGUAAUAGUUGAUGGUGGAAGGAAGGUGGUGGAAUUGAUGUUCCAAGCUGCCGAGGGAGAUGUGUUGAACUACAUUUUUAAAAAUCAAGAACUCCGUUCUUUGUUUGAUCGUCAGUGGCAUAAACUUGGCUUUGGUAUACAAUCCCAGGCCAUUUCACUCUAUGUGGAUUGUAACUUAGUUGCAAGUCGGCAUACUGACAGAAAGGGUACCGUGGACUUCCGUGGACGGACUGUUAUUGCUGCCCGAGCUUCAGAUGGCAAACCUGUGGAUAUUGAACUUCACCAACUUCAGAUCUACUGUAACUGGAACUUCAUAGCCCAAGAAACAUGUUGCGAGAUAUCAGACAUUAAGUGCCCAGAGCAGCCUGGCUUUGGAGGUACUGCAGCAUCACCAGCACCUGCUCAUGCCAGCAGAAUGUCUGCAUUUUUGCCAGCAAAGCAGGAACUCACAGACCAGUGCCAGUGCAUGCCACACAAGGGAGAAGCAGGCUCACCUGGACAGAAAGGAGAGCAGCUGGGCCACCAGGAAAGGCCAGGUGAAAAUGGUUUACGUGGCAUUCCAGGCUUACCUGGUCAAAAGGGAGAACAAGGUUUUGAAGGCAGCAAAGGAGAAACUGGCGAGAAGGGUGAACCAGGAGAGAAAGGAGAUCCAGGUUUGUCAGGCGUUAAUGGACAAGAUGGUGUGAAAGGUGACUUGGGUCCUCGUGGUCCACCUGGCCCAAAAGGAGAAAAGGGAGAUAUGGGACCACCAGGACCACCAACCCUAACUGGCUCCCUGGGGAUACAAGGCCCCCAAGGUCCACCUGGAAAAGAAGGUCAGAGGGGAAGACGAGGAAAACCAGGGCCUCCAGGAAAACCAGGGCCUCCAGGACCACCUGGACCCCCUGGAGUACAAGGGAUGCAACAGACUCUCGAUGGAUAUUAUCACAAGGGGAAUGUUGGUGAACAUGGAGCUGGUGGUCUAAAAGGAGAGAAGGGUGAAACCGGAUCGCCAGGAUUUCCAGGAUCUAUUGGCCCUAAAGGUGAAAAGGGAGAUUCUGGGGAACGCUUUACAAAAGGUGAAAAGGGAGAUAGAGGAGAACCUGGAAUAACAGGAUCACAAGGAAUAAAGGGCGAGCCUGGAGAUCCUGGUCCACCUGGUGUAAUUGGAAGCCCAGGACUAAAGGGUCAGCAAGGACCUGCAGGCUCUGUGGGACCCAGAGGACCACCAGGAGAUAUUGGGUUACCAGGAGAACACGGUAUCCCAGGCAAACAAGGCAUUAAAGGAGAAAAGGGAGACCCAGGUGGGAUUACAGGCCCUCCUGGACUUCCAGGUCCAAAAGGUGAGGCUGGUCCUCCAGGAAAAAGCCUGCCAGGGGAACCAGGAUUAGAUGGAAGUCCUGGGGCACCUGGUCCACGAGGCCCAAAGGGCGAAAGAGGACUGCCAGGUGUCCAAGGCUCGCCAGGUGACAUAGGCCCCCCAGGGAUAGGAAUUCCUGGCCGAACUGGCUCCCAAGGACCAGCUGGAGAGCCAGGGAUUCAGGGUCCUCGAGGUCUCCCUGGGUUGCCAGGAACUCCAGGGACCCCAGGGAAUGAUGGAGCUCCAGGGAGGGAUGGAAAGCCAGGUCUGCCAGGUCCCCCAGGUGACCCGAUUGCACUUCCUCUCUUGGGAGACAUCGGGGCCUUGUUCAAGAAUUUCUGUGGCAACUGCCAAGCCAGUGUCCCUGGGCUAAAAAGCAACAAAGGAGAAGAAUCAGGUGCUGGUGAGCCCGGAAAGUUUGAUUCUGCAGCCCGGAAGGGCGAUCUAGGGCCACGGGGUCCUCCAGGAAUCCCAGGCAGAGAGGGACCAAAGGGGAGCAAAGGCGAGCGGGGCUACCCUGGCGUGCCUGGGGAGAAAGGUGACGAGGGUCUUCAAGGAAUUCCAGGCCUUCCAGGUGUUCCUGGCCCCACAGGCCCGCCUGGCUUAUUAGGAAGAACGGGACACCCUGGCCCCAUGGGAACAAAGGGUGACAAGGGCAGUGAGGGGCCCCCUGGGAGACCUGGACCACCUGGACCACCUGGACCACCUGGUGUACCAUUCAAUGAAGGGAAUGGAAUGAGCAGUUUAUAUAAAAUCCAGGGAGGUGUGAACGCUCCCAGUUACCCAGGGCCACCCGGCCCCCCUGGCCCCAAAGGAGAUCCUGGCCCAGUGGGAGAACCUGGUGCAAUGGGGUUGCCAGGACUAGAAGGAUUUCCUGGUAUAAAGGGAGAUCGAGGGCCAGCAGGCCCCCCGGGAGCAGCAGGAAUCUCGGGGAAACCCGGAGCCCCAGGCCCCCCAGGAAUUCCAGGAGAACCGGGGGAGAGAGGCCCUGUUGGAGACGUAGGUUUCCCUGGACCAGAAGGACCCUCAGGAAAGCCUGGAAUAAAUGGAAAAGAUGGAUUACCAGGUGUUCAGGGCAUCAUGGGUAAGCCUGGAGAGAGAGGCCCCAAAGGAGAACGGGGUGAUCAGGGAAUCCCAGGAGACCGAGGCCCACAAGGUGAACAAGGAAAACCAGGCCUUCAAGGGAUCAAGGGGGCCAUUGGCCCUGUGGGGCCCCCAGGAAACAAGGGCUCCCCAGGAUUCCCUGGGCACCAGGGCCCCCCAGGCAUCCCUGGCCUCCCUGGCUCCCCGGCUGAUGUGGUUUCAUUUGAAGAAAUAAAGAAGUAUAUUAAUCAAGAAGUUCUGAGGAUUUUUGAAGAGAGGAUGGCCGUGUUCCUAUCCCAGCUCAAGCUCCCAGCGGCAAUGCUGGCUGCUCAAGCUCAUGGGAGGCCUGGGCCUCCAGGCAAGGAUGGGUUACCUGGACCUCCAGGAGACCCUGGACCCCAAGGCUACCGAGGACAGAAGGGAGAAAGGGGGGAACCGGGAAUUGGGCUUCCAGGGAGCCCGGGUCUUCCUGGGACUUCAGCUCCGGGCUUGCCAGGCUCACCAGGUGCCCCAGGGCCCCAGGGCCCCCCAGGACCUAGUGGAAGAUGUAACCCAGAAGAUUGCCUGUAUCCCAUCUCACAUGCCCGACAGCGAACAGGUGGGAAGUAA